GCUACAGCCUGGUGAACAAAACUCUCUCCCUAGCCUCAAGCGUGCACACCCGGGAAAGAUGAGUGAAGAACGGUGGGUCUCCCUCACUCCAGAAGAAUUUGGCCAACUCCAGAAAUAUGCAGAAUAUUCUUCCAAGAAGAUAAAUGAUGUCUUGGCUGAAUUUAAUGAGGGUGGGAGCCUCAAACAAUAUGACCCACAUGAGCCUAUUAGCUAUGACGUCUUCAAGCUGUUCAUGAGGGCGUACCUGGAGGUGGACCUUCCACAGCCACUGAGCACACACCUCUUCCUGGCCUUCAGCCAGAAGCCCAGACAGGAGACCCCGGACCACCCAAAGGAGGGGGCCAGCAACAGCGAAGCCAGUGGCCCAGAUUCCAACAUACAGAAUGCAGAUAAUGCUGCCAAAGCAGACGAGGCUUGUGCCCCUGAUAUGGAAUCAAAGAUCACUGAGAAGCAAGUGCCAACUAAAGACCAAGUGUCUGCGACCCCCCUGGGAAACCAUGCUGCUCAGUCUUCAGGCUCAGAAUCCCCCAUAGUGUACCUGAAGGAUGUCAUGUGUUACCUGUCCUUGCUGGAAACGGGGAGACCUCAGGAUAAGCUAGAAUUCAUGUUUCGUCUCUAUGAUUCGGAUGAGAAUGGUCUCCUGGACCAAGCGGAGAUGGAUCGUAUUGUCAACCAGAUGCUACACAUUGCCCAGUAUCUCGAGUGGGAUCCCACGGAGCUAAGACCUAUACUGAAGGAGAUGUUACAAGGGAUGGACUACGACGGGGAUGGCUUGGUGUCUCUCCAGGAGUGGGUCCACGGAGGGAUGACCACCAUCCCAUUGCUGGUCCUCCUGGGCAUGGACGACUCUGGCUCCAAGGGGGAUGGGAGGCAUGCCUGGACCAUGAAGCAUUUCAAGAAACCAACCUACUGCAACUUCUGCCAUGUCAUGCUGAUGGGCGUUCGGAAGCAAGGCCUGUGCUGCAUUUACUGUAAAUACACUGUCCAUGAACGCUGUGUAUCCAAAAACAUUCCUGGGUGUAUCAAAACGAACUCAAAAACCAAAAGGGGCGGCGAGGUGAUGCAGCACGCGUGGGUGGAAGGGAACUCCUCUGUCAAGUGUGACCGGUGCCACAAAAGUAUCAAGUGCUACCAGAGUGUCACCGCGCGGCACUGCCUGUGGUGCCAGAUGACGUUUCACCGCAAAUGUGAAUUGUCAGCUUUGUGUGACGGUGGGGAGCUCAGAGACCAUAUUUUGCUGCCCACGUCAAUAUACCCCAUCACCCAGGACAGGCAAGAUGGGAAGUCUGAUGGUAGCAUGUCAGCCAAGGAUGAACUUGUAACGCAGUAUAAGAUCAUCCCCACCCCGGGUACCCACCCCCUGCUGGUUUUGGUGAACCCCAAGAGUGGAGGGAGACAAGGAGAAAGAAUUCUUCGGAAAUUCCACUAUCUGCUCAACCCCAAACAAGUUUUCAACCUGGACAAUGGGGGGCCUACUCCAGGACUUAACUUUUUCCGUGAUACUCCAGACUUCCGUGUUUUGGCCUGCGGAGGAGAUGGGACGGUUGGCUGGAUUUUGGAUUGCAUUGAUAAGGCCAACUUCGCAAAGCAUCCACCCGUGGCUGUCCUGCCUCUUGGAACGGGAAAUGACCUGGCCCGCUGUCUCCGCUGGGGAGGGGGUUAUGAAGGCGGCAGCCUGACAAAAAUCCUGAAGGACAUUGAGCAGAGCCCCUUGGUGAUGCUGGACCGCUGGCAUCUGGAAGUCAUCCCCAGAGAGGAGGUGGAGAAUGGGGACCAGGUCCCAUACAACAUCAUGAACAACUACUUCUCCAUCGGCGUGGAUGCUUCCAUCGCACACAGAUUCCACGUGAUGAGAGAGAAACACCCUGAAAAAUUCAACAGCAGGAUGAAGAACAAGCUGUGGUACUUUGAAUUCGGCACCUCAGAGACCUUCGCAGCCACCUGCAAGAAACUCCACGACCACAUAGAGUUGGAGUGUGACGGAGUUGGGGUGGACCUGAGCAGCAUCUUCCUUGAAGGCAUUGCUAUUCUCAACAUUCCCAGCAUGUACGGUGGCACCAAUCUCUGGGGAGAAACCAAGAAGAACCGGGCUGUGAUCCGGGAAAGCAGGAAGGUCGUCACUGACCCCAAGGAACUGAAAUUCUGCGUUCAAGACCUCAGUGACCAGCUUCUUGAAGUGGUGGGGCUAGAGGGAGCCAUGGAAAUGGGGCAGAUCUACACUGGCCUGAAGAGUGCAGGCAGGAGGCUGGCCCAGUGCUCCUCUGUCUCCAUCAGGACGAACAAGCUGCUGCCAAUGCAAGUGGACGGAGAGCCCUGGAUGCAGCCACCUUGCACGAUUAAAAUUACUCACAAGAACCAAGCGCCUAUGAUGAUGGGGCCCCCCCAGAAGAGCAGCUUCUUUUCUCUGAGGAGGAAGAGCCGUUCAAAAGACUAGACACUAUGCCCAAUGCCAGUUCAACCAAGAGAGAAGACAAGAAACUGAAGCACACACAUACACACAUACACACCACACACACACACACACACACACACACACACACUUCUCCAACCAGUGGAAGCCAAGCCACCCUUCAGGAAGAAGGCUUCACCCUGACAUCCAUUCUAUUUCAACCAUGGACACACUCCAACAGAGCCAGUGCCGGCAGGACAUUGUGAAUGGACUUAGGGCCCUCCAGGGUGCAGCUGGCUCAUGCAGUAACCUCCACUUUCCCAGAAGACCUUGAGCGGGACUUUCUGAGACUGAAGGAGAAACCCCCCCUUUCUUUCCACCAGCCCUGCAAGUUUCUUCGCCGCUCGCAAGGAGCAGGCUGCAGGUUUCCUGUCUAAGGGGAGAUCGGAUGUGGCCAAGGGAAAGAGCCUGCGUUCCAGGGGACGCUCACAAAGGUCCCUCUGUGAGGAGACAAAAUCACCUCCGACUCUCAGAUCGCAGCCCUUGGCAGGACUCAGCAUACGCACGCUGGUUUCUCGGUUGUCCUUCGAGUGACAGCUUCUCCCGGAACUUGCUGAGGAGGCAGAAAGGCUGUGGAAAGCUGUGUUUCCCUUCUUGGUUCUGCGCACUCUCAGUGGGCACUGGUGAUUUUCCUGAAGCCUUCUGGUGGCUGUGUGUUUGUUUAGAGCCGGCUCCAAGAGCCCCCAGAGCUGCCUACAUAGCACACCUUAGAUGUGGUAUUUAUUUUCUUAGUUCUGUGAACACCUGGGAGGGAAAGCAGAGAAACUGAGAUUUAUUUUUCAAAUUGGUGUCAUAAUAUUGUGUAAAAAGGGAAGGAAAAAAAAAAAAAAAACCACCCCCAGCUUCUUUCUUUUUCAAGCCACAGCGUGUUUCCUGUUUGAGUUCCAAGCCCUGGUGGCAGACUAUUCCUGAAGGCAAAGAAGAUGGGAGGGAAGGGCCUUUUGCUGAGACCAGGAGACAAGGCGUCAGGCAGUUCCCUCCUGCCUCUGCAACGACCACUCCCCGAGCACGACCUGGAGGCCCUACUGAAGGUCUUAGGUGUGUGUACAUAUAUGUAGCAUAUAUAUAUUUAUAUAUACAAAUAUUUAUUUACUGGUGGAUUUUUCUGGAUUGAAAAAAAUAUGCAGUACAAGAACAGAAAGUGGGAAAGAAAAAGAAGGCUCUGACUCCCUGUUUCUGCCAUUUCAUUGUCAAGGCACAUUGCCCCGUGGUGAUCAUGAGAUUUAAGGGAAAUUAAAGUAUCUCCUUAUCAUAAAGAGACUGAGAAUUUCUAUUCUAGAUCCUCAAAACACCAUGAAAGCUAUGCUGGGCAGGAUUUACUCUCCCAUUUGUCAGAUAAGGAAACUGAGUCUCGGAAAAGUUAAGAGACUAGGUACCACUAAGAAGAUAUGUAAUAGAGAAAAGAACCUACACAUCUUGGAAAAGGGUCAUUUCUGGUCACUGAGAAGCGAUUCCAUUUGGAUCCGGGUUGCCAGGGAGGAAUGAACGUGUGGCACACGUGUGGACGGGACAAGCCCACAUGAGAGAAUGAGGCCUCCCAAUACUUCCCAGAGACUCUCUCUGGCCUGACCUGGUGAGAAGUUGGUCCAGGGUUGAAGGCAGCGGACAGAUCUUCAAAUUAAACUCUCCACAUGUCAUCUCAUCAUGGUCAUCAUAGUCUCUUAAUCUAGAAACACCUCUGGCUGCCCGGAUGACCUCAGUGGAGAGGCACAAGGAGGACAGAGGCACCUCAGCAAGGAGCUGCCAGCCAGUGCCCAGAGGGGCCUCAGCAGAGUUCACUGGGCUUCAUUCAGCUGGCAACAGCAUCACCGCCUUCCCCGAGGGCAAGUCUGUGGAGAGCUUUGUUGGUAGAAAGAAACAUUCACCUCGGCACCUUUGGUCCUUCAGCCUCCAUCCCCUCUGAGAUUUCUGAAAAGGAAACCUGGACCCACUCGACGUCACUCCACUGAGCUCCCUCUAAUCUCCUAACACUGGGUCAGGAACUUUGCACAAGGAAGGGAAAAUUAAGAUUGUGUGUACAAACUGAUCCUAACUCUGAAAGAAGCAGUCAUCUAGGACCGUCUAAGACAGAGAUCUAGAGCCAUCCUGUUCAACCUAACAGUUCAGAACACUGGGCAGGGGGAAAACAGGCCACCUGAAGAAUGUCCUGAAUGAUGGGCUCCUUGGGGAUGGGAAUAACAAGCUCAGAAUGACAACAGGUACUAUCUUGGAAGCCACUUGAUUCUGAAAUGAAGGCAGGUUCAAUUUGGGGGUCACUGAUUCUAAGACAUUUGCAGAAAUUCUUGCAUGUGUUUCAGCCUCAACCCCCCAAGAUUGAGGCUGUUGAGACAUGGCACUAUCAACAGGUGAAAGUGAUCCUUAGAGACUCACAAGUCAGAGACUGGCCCCUGCCUGCCCACUGUGGUGCACAGGACUGGCAGUGUUGCUUGAGAGACAUGUCCCAUGUCCUCCUUAAAGCCACAAAGUAUAGCAAACAUCGGUGGAAUUGUACUUUCAAUUUUGUAACCUCAGUAAGUCUGGUGGUGGUGUUUAAUCUGACUUUGCAACUCAUCCCUUAACUACUGGGACUGUGGUUU